AUGCGAACCGUCUACCUCGGCAACCUGCCUAUGCCCAUCACCUACGAGGAGAUUCUGAACCACGUCAAAACCGGUGCCGUCGAGCACGUCCGCAUCCUCGAAGACAAACAGUGCGUCUUUGUCACCUUUGUCGAGCCCAUGUCGGCCAUGCAAUUCCACAACGACGCCAUCCAGAAGCGCCUCUGUCUUCUCGGACAAGAGGUCAAGGUUGGAUGGGGCAAGCCUUCGCCCAUCCCCACCAACAUCCUCACGGCCACCCAAAACGGCGCCUCCAGAAACGUCUAUAUCGGCAACAUUGACGAAUCCGUCACCGACCAGUAUCUCCAGUCCGAGUUUUCCAAGUUUGGCCCUGUUGACCAGAUCCGCGUCCUGCUGGAGAAGCGCAUCGCCUUUGUGCACAUGACCAGCAUCGCUGCUGCCAUCAAGGUCGUCACCUCGCUGAGCCAGGACCCCAGCUGGAGCGGCCGCCGCGUCAACUAUGGCAAGGACCGCUGCAUCCCGAACAAGCAGAUGAACCCCGCGGCCGUCUCAUCCGCCCUCGGUGGCGCCUCGGGCAUGAUGUUCCAGUCUGGGUUCCCCAGCCAGUUUGGCGGUAUGCUAAGCAGCGGGUAUCCCUAUGAUCCACAUUACGUCGGCGGCGGAAACCGCACGGUGUACCUGGGUGGCAUUCACCAAGAUGCCACCACCAAGGACCUUUGCGAUGUCAUCCGCGGUGGCAUCCUCCAGAACAUCAAAUAUCUGCCCGACAAGAACAUUGCCUUCGUGACCUUCAUCAGCCCCACCGCCGCCUACAACUUCCACAACCGCGGAACGUACGAGGGCAUCGUCAUCAAGGGCAAGCGCGUCAAGAUUGGAUGGGGCAAGGCUGUGCCGAUCCCCGCCAACGUUGCCGCCGCUGCACAGAGUGGCGCCUCGAGAAACGUUUACAUUGGCGCCAUCGAUGAGACAAUUACCGAGGAAAAGCUGCGCAAGGACUUUGCCGAGUUUGGCGACAUUGAGCUGGUCAACAUCAUCCAGGACAAAAACAUUGGCUUUGUCAACUUUACCGAUAUCCUGGCUGCGGUCAAGGCCGUCGAGUCCCUCAAGAUCUCCCCCGAGUACAGCCGAUUCAAGAUCAACUACGGCAAGGACCGCUGUGGCAACGAGCCCCGCCCCCCGCGAGUGAACCCGUCUGCCGCGCACGGCUCGCACUCGCAUGGCGGCCCUGCUGGCCCCAGCAACGUCAUUAGCCCCGCGACCGAGUUCCGAGCCAAUGGCGGUGCAAACGCCGGUGCCUCGGGUGCCCUUUCGCCCUAUGCAACGGACAACGGAAUCGGUGGUGUCGAGGGCUACCAAAUCUCGGACCACGGCAGCCCCACCCAAUUCAUCUGA